AUCAAACGCUGAAACGGUCUCUGAUAAAAUUCUUCUAAAAUUUUAUCCAUAGAAAAAAAUGGGCAACAUUUCAAGAAAAUUUAGUACUUUCUCUGACGCCGUAAAAAACUGGAACUGGGAUCUGAUAGACAGAUUUAUAGUCAACGGCAGUGAUAUCAACAAAAGUUUAAUCCCAACUGGACCUUUAGCAGGUUACACAGCUCUCUAUUUUGCAGCGAUGGAAGACAGAGGCGAGUGUGCGACAAAACUGCUAAGAAUCUAUAAAGUUAGUGCGAAUUCCGUGGGCGCAAAUGGUGCUCAACCGAUUCACCUAGCUUGCUUGCUCGGAAGCUUGAAAGUUUUAGCAAUUUUUUUGGAAUCUGGAGCAAAUUUUAACGCUGAAUUCACGAAAGAACUCCGAGAAAAAUACAUAGACUAUUUUAAAAACUGGUCGGAUGACUUCGGGGGCAAGAUGACGCUGCUAACUUUUGUAGUUUUAAACAACAAAUUUGCAUUGGCCAGAUAUUUACUGGAGUACGGAGCUGAUUUCAAGAUUAGAGGCAGGAAGAACAAGACACUGUUGAUGUACGCGAUUGAAAACGACGAUGAUUACAUAGCACUGGUGCUUUUGAGGAAAAUAGCCGCCUGUAGAGAGAUAAUGGACGCCAGAGACGAUGACGGCUUGCACGCAGUUCAUUAUUUGCUUUUUGAUCACAAAAUAGCGAAAGAUCAAAUUUUACUUUAUUUAAUUGAAAGUGGCGCGGAUGUUAACGCUACAAUUGAUGGCGAUCCUGAUACUAUGCUGCUCAAUAUGGCGGCAAGAAGCCAUCGCUUGGAAUUCCUGAAGAAGUUGCUGGAUUUAAAGCUUCCAGUUAGCAAAAAGUCCAAAGUUUUGUUUAACGCUACUUCAGGCUCUGAAGAAAUCGAACAAAGAAAGUGCGUUGAAUUCGUUCUGGAGAAUUUAAUCAUCAGAAGAAAGUUUGGAUUGUUUGUUCCCGAAGAAGAAACAAAGUUUAUGGAUCAAUUGGUUGCUUCAGAUGUCGGUGUGAAGAAAUUUGUGAAUAAGUUUGCUAAGAAGUUUGUCAACAGUUCGUUGAAGAACCAGAAGAUUAAUUGUGAGGAUGGAGAUAUGUCUGUUUAUGAAUUUGUUAAGAAAGUUCUUGAUGACAGAGCUUUGAAAUUGUUGGUAAAAGAUGAGAAACUUGUCGAAGGUUUCAGAGAAUUUGUAAGAAUAAGAGCGACGCAGAAGAAGAAAACUUAUGAGAUUUUUAAAAUAGUGUUUGAUAAGUUUGAAAAAGCUUAUGAGCGAAGAAAAAUUUUGGAAAAGGUUCAAAAAAUUCAAGGGUUGAGGCAAGCUAUACCCUUGCCGUAUGAAAUUGUGUUGUAUAUUAUUGAGUUUGUGGAUAAUUGGAGUUUGCAACAGUUUGUUGAACCGGAAGGAAGUUAGCGUAGAAUAAUUUUUUUUUCAAUUAAAUUAUAUGCCAAUUAAUUGCUCUUUAAAUGCUC